AUGGCUUUAAGUCAAAUUGAGGAGACAUUAGUAGGCAAACUUUUCAAGACUGGUGCUGUCAAUGCUGCUGCAGGAUCUGCAUAUGCAGAAUUUGGAAAUACCAAGGUCAUUGUUUCAGUGAUGAGUUCAAGUGUAGCAUCAACCGAACCGUCCGAACGCAGUGUUAACACAACUGAGGUGGGAAAUUUAAGUGCUCCUCUUUGGAAAUAUGUUAUUAAGCAUACAGUGCUUGAUGAUGAUGGAAACGUUGUCAAAACCGCAGGAGGAAAUGUUAGCUGGGAAUGUAAGUUCUACCAUGUGAGCUUCAAUGGGUCACAUUCUAGAGUUAGGUCUCAUUUGCUUAAAGAAAAGGGCACAGGGGUCAGGAUUUGUAGCAAAAUCAAUGAUGAUCAGAGUCAAGAAGUACAUCAUCUUCUAUCCUUUUGUGAGAAAAAGUUGCGGGAGAAAGCUCCUAAGAAAGUUUCUCUGCCUCCUUCAAAUUUCUCUAUGUUAGGAAGUGGAACUUACUUUCCCUUGGAGAAGAGGGAUGAUGCAAGCAAAAAGAGAAGGGUGGUGAGUCCACAUCUUACCAAAACUUUCAAGAUUGAAGAGAGGCAACAAUGUGAUGCCGAAGUUGCAAGAUUGUUUUACACUAGUGGAUUACCGUUCAAUGUUGCAAGAAAUCCUUAUUACCGAGACUCCUACCUUCGUGCUUCACACAUUCCGGGUUAUACUCCCUCGGGGUACAAUGCAUUGAGGACCACUCUUCUUGAUGAUGAGAGGCGCCACAUUGAACGGGUGCUACAACCCGUUAAGAAGACAUGGAAGGAGACCGGUGUAAGCUUGUGUUCCGACGGGUGGACCGAUGAUCAACGAAGGCCAUUGAUCAAUAUGAUGGCUGCUUCCACCAAUGGGGCUAUUAUGUUAAAGGCAAUAAAUUGUGAAGGGCAAUAUAAAGACAAGCAUGAAAUUAGUAGAUUGCUUUUGGAAUUCAUCAAUGAGAUAGGUGCCGAACAUGUGGUUCAAGUGGUGACUGAUAAUGCCCAUGUGUGCGCUGCUGCCGGUGCAAUAGUUGAGACUACACAUCCACAUAUCUUUUGGACACCGUGUGUGGUUCAUACUCUCAAUCUUGUUUUGAAGGAUAUAUUGAAGGCAAAGUCACAUGACCCGGGUGAGAGUGUAGAGAAAGAGUUGGGGUGGCUUAUUGAAAGUGUUGUCAAUGAUGUGUGGUUUGUCAAGAACUUUAUCAUGAACCAUGGCAUGCGUUUGUCUAUGUAUAAUGAUCAUUGUGCCUUGAAGUUGCUCACUAUUGCGGAGACAAGAUUUUUCUCUCAUUUUGUGAUGCUUAAAAGGUUUAAGGAGAUGAAGAGUGGCUUGCAAGCCAUGGUUAUUAGUCUAAGAUGGGACAUGUAUAAGGAAGAUGAUGUCAAUAAGGCAAAAGCGGUGAAGAAGAUGUUUAUUGAAGAAAGGCUAUGGGACCAAAUUGAUUUCAUAGUUGCAUUCAUGGGUCCUAUAUAUGAGAUGAUAAGGAUGACAGAUUUGGAUAGACCUUGUCUUCAAUUAGUUUAUGAGUGGUGGGAUAUGAUGAUUGAGAAAGUGAGGAAUGCAAUUUAUUAG